CAAAGUUAGGAAAGUGUUUUCAGCCUUUCCGCGGUCCCACUCCCAGCCGGGGGAGAGCCGGCCCGGCCAGCGCACCGGGCAGGUUCCUGCGGGAGGCGGCGGCAGGUUUCAGAUCAGAAUUUACGAGUACAUGGGGUAGCAGCAUCCCAAAAUAAUCCUGAGCUGAGAUUGAGACAAUGGACAGAAUACAAGGAGACUGUGCCAGUCCUGUGCCACCAGGAGAUGCAGAGGGGGGCAGGACUGGAGAACAAGACCCAGAACUAACUGUGUUGGGGAAAGCACAAGAGUUCUUUCAGAUUUGUGAUCUGGAAGGCAAAGGCUUCGUCACUCGUCAAGACAUGCAGAGACUGCAUCCUGAGUUACCUCUUAGCCUGGAAGAGCUUGAAAAAGUUUUUGUUACAUUAGAUGCUGAUGGCAAUGGCUCACUUACCCCAAAGGAAUUCAUCACAGGACUCAGCCAAUUUCUUUUGGAGCAGAUUGCUUUGAAAAAUGACAUGAUGCAGCAAUCAGAAGGUGAAACAGCCUGCCCAGAUAUGUGCAAAGAGACCAUGGGUGAUGAUGAGGAUGAAGACUUCCAAUUCUCCAAUCUGAUGGAUCGACUUGGAGCUAAAAAGGUUUUGAAUGAUGAGAGUGAUGUGAAGCAACUUUGGUUGCAGCUAAGAAAAGAUGAACCUCAUUUACUUGCCAAUUUUGAAGACCUCUUGGUCAGAAUUUUCUCCCAGCUCCAAGAAGCAGAUAAUGAGAAGAAUGAGUUGGAAUGCGCUCUAAAAAAGAAAAUUGCUGCUUAUGAUGAAGAAAUUCAACACCUCUACGAGGAAAUGGAACAGCAAAUCAAAAAGGAGAAAGAGCAGUUUCUAUUGAAAGACACAGAGAGGUUUCAGUCCUAUAGUAAGGAGCUGGAGUGCAAGCUGCUGUCAAAGGAACAAGAACUGGAACAAUUGGUUCAAAAACAGAAAAGGCUAGAGCAUCAAUGUACAGAACUCCUCAGUGGCAAAGAACAAACCAAAGUAGAGAACACCAAGCUGAAGCUGACUAACCAGGAGCUGUUAAAAGAUCUGGAAAGAACAUCUCACGAACUAAGCCUGGCUCAACAACAGUUAGAGAUGCUUCAGAAGGAGGCAUCAAGACUACAUGAGGAGAAGGAAAUGGAGGUGUACCGAGUGACAGAAACCUUACAGCGAGAGAAGUCAGGACUUCUGAAGCAGCUGGAUCUUUUAAGAGAGAUGAACAAACAUCUCAGUGAUGAACGUGACAUAUUUUUACAGAAACGCAAAGCAAGUAUUCCAAAAGCCAGCUGGAAGCAAAGAUCAGGGUCUGUCAUUGGGAAAUACAUAGAGGGGAAGAUGCUGCCUAACAGCCAUUCAUUUGAAGAAGAUGAUAUAUUCAGUAACUCAAAGAGAAGGAAUUCUGCUGGACUGAAUGGAAUUCUUUCUGAAGAGUCAGAUGCUGGAGUCACUGGAGGAAUGUCUAAAACAUCACGUCUCCAAAGAAUAAUAUCAAUUGAAGAAGAUCACCUACCCCAGCUUCUUGACAGGCUGGUUGAUAAGCAGCUGAACAGGUGGACUGAGGAAGAUGACAGUACUUCUGAGGUGGAAAUGCAUAAGAAAAACACAGAACAAUCAAUGGAACACUCACCUUCAUCUUCUAGAGAGCAGCCUAUAGGGAAGGAAACACUGUCAAAUGAGGAGAGAAUAAACUCUGUCCCAGAGCACUUAUUCAAGAUUAUUUUUGUGGGCAAUUCGAGUGUGGGAAAGACUUCAUUCUUAAGAAGAUUUUGUGAAGAUCGUUUUUUCCCAGGCACAGCUGCUACUGUAGGUGUGGAUUACAACGUGAAGACUGUCACAGUAGAUAAUACCCAAGUUGCGCUGCAGCUCUGGGACACUGCUGGCCAGGAACGGUACCGAAGUAUUACGAAGCAGUUUUUCAGAAAAGCUGAUGGUGUCAUUGUGAUGUACGAUAUAACAGCAAAAGACACAUUCACAGCUGUGAGGCAGUGGCUGAUAAGCAUUGAGGAGGCAACAGGGGAGAAUGUGCCUGUCCUUUUGGUGGGUAAUAAAACUGAUAAUGAAAAGGAACGUGAGGUCCCUAUGGGAAUGGGAGAGCAUCUUGCUAAGGAUUACAAUUUAAUUUUCUAUGAAUGCAGUGCAUGUUCUGGGUACAAUGUGGAAAAGUCUGUGCUUCACUUAGCUAGGUUUUUAAAAGAACAUGAAGAUAAAGUGAAAGAGAAAACCAUUGAACUUCAAUCUGAUAUGAAUAAAAAGUCUUGCUGUAUCAGGCAAUAAAAUGCUGGGGUGUGUCAUACGUUUAUUUGACACUACAUAGCACUGUCAGAUUUGCUUUUAUCUUCCAAAUACUCUGCUGUGUUCUGAGUGUAGGUGUAAGUGAAACUUAAAAUCUUUGUGUGCUCUGAUCUCAGCUUUUAUAAAUAUUAUCUUUAGUUAAUUGACAAUGUAUUUGGGGCAAUAACAGUCUUUUAAUUCUGUUUGAUGCCUAACACCACUGAAUCCUGCUUUAUUAUCAGGCUUGUGGAAGCUACCACUUUCUUAAUAAUUAGAAAUAAUUUUAUAGGAAGAAAAACUACUUGGAAUGUGAAGUAAAUUCUUACUGGUGUUAA